AUGCGCGAAAUGGAAGCGUGUGCUGCUGGCAUCAUGCAUUAUGCCUUUGACUACCACCAUGAAGCUGAAACAUGUGUGCACCAAUACCUCGAACAACAAACCCUCCUAGCGGCUCCUUUGUCAACUCACAUUAUCACUCGUAUUGUCAAGGGCAGGGUUCAUCAAAAACAAUGCGGCGAGGCCACUCUUGGUAAUAAUAGUAAGGCUGUUGUUGAUGCAACAAGCCAUGGAUAUGGUGCAGCACAGCCGACGAUGCAUCCCACCACCGCCACCAUCGUCAGCCAAAGUGACCUGUACUACAACGAAAAUGCCGACUCUGAUCUCAUGUAUACAUCCUCUUCUUCUUCUUCCCUCAUGCAUGAGGAUGAGGAUGCAUCAGAUAAUAGCUGGUUUGAUCCUCCGGAGGUAGAAUACAAGCCAACAAGCAGUGGGAAUGCAGCUUUUGCAGACGAGAUGCAAAAUUCCAUUACCGACGGAUCACAAUGGAACAUCUCGGAUGAUGCUGCUGGUUCCAAAAUGGGUACGAAUAGCAUACCUUAUGCGGAUGACGAGCUCAAUAGCGAAUAUGGAUACUACGAUGGGGUGUUGGAAUGGCUUCUUUCACACGUUCAACACGAAAACUACCAAAAUAUUGGACGAGAUGCUUGGUCACGUGUUUAUGGUUUGACAACGCAACAACAACAAGAUGAUACACGAUGCGAAAAAACAUCACCGGCACAACAACAGCCUACAACACCCGACAUUGGCAUGUCCAAUUUUGAUCAAGAUUUCCCUGCACUCACGCCAACAACAAAGAAAAUCACUCCUUCAAUAUCCACACCCACUUUUUCCACCACCACAGCAGCUCUUGAUUUCGCUACCAUUGUACGUCGCCAUGCACCGCCUCAUGCCAGUAGUAACAAUAGCACGAUUGAAUCAUCCACUCAACAACAGCAACAACCGAACCCUUCUGCAGCAUUUAGUAAGAUACGAUCAUGGCUGUCAUCCAGCGAUCGAUUGGUAAAGCAAUUGAAUCGUCCUGCACGAAUACCAUGGCUCGAAACAGGCGAUCCAGUGACCCAGCUUUAUCGUACUGAACGGCGGCAUGCCCAUCAAUGUUGGGCCCAAAUGCGUUGCUACUACCAGAUUGCACAAAAAUGCUAUCGACGGCAAGAUUGGGCCAAUGCACGAUGGUAUGCACAAGAGGCACGCUAUUAUAGGACACGCAUGAAAGAACUACAUCAUCAAGCAAGUCGACGCAUCUUUGCACAACGUAAUCAGGAAGAUGCCUUGUUUAUUGAUUUACAUGGUAUGCAUGUGGAUGAGGCUCGUGCAAGUACCUUGCAAUGGUUUCAUUCCAUGUUAAGGGAUGGGUAUCGAGGCAUUGUUUAUGUGGUCACUGGGAUCGGUCAUCAUUCAAGGCCAUUACAUCGACAACAGCAGCAGCAGCAGCAAGGAAAGUUACGGCCCGCCAUUGCCAUGUUUCUUAAGUCCAUCUAUCGUUGUGAGGAAACCAGCGUCUAUGGUGAUGACAAGGGUGGCGUUUUUGCGGUCUAUUUAUGCUCACACCGAUUUAUUCCAUCCUCCCUAUUACCCGAUCGUCGCAUAUGCUUGUAUUGUAAAUUUGAACAAGAAUUAUGA